UGUACACUUGGGUAUUGUCCAGGUGAAACUGCUGUUAAACCAUGGUGAAGCACUGGGGUGUCACCUCUUUAGUGGCACUAGCAUUGCUAGCAUGCUUAGCUGGGACAGAGGUAGAAGCUCAGGGCCAAGGGUUGUUGAUGCCUUCCAUAAAGUCUGCCACUCCAGCACAGACCAGUAUAUUACCCGGUAUCCCCAGCCAUUACCACGGCCAUCACCACGGCCAUCACCAUCACGAGGGACAUCACCAUCACCACGGCCAUCACCAUCACGAGGGACAUCACCAUCACCACGGCCAUCACCAUCACGAGGGACAUCACCAUCACCACGGCCAUCACCAUCACGAGGGACAUCACCAUCACCACGGCCAUCAGCAUCACGAGAGACAUCACCAUCACCACGGCCAUCACCAUCACGAGGGACAUCACCAUCACCAUAACCACCUCCAUGUCCCCGGCUAUCAACACAAUCAUGAUCUUCACUUUGACCAGGCGCAGCAGAACCCAGCAGACUUACAGACACCAUUCAAACCCAUUUUCACAAACAGUCCUGCCCAGAGUUGUGAUGUGUCUAAAAACACAAGAAUCACAUGUGGACCUUCUGGUAUCUCUACUGAGCAAUGUGAUGCCAUAAACUGCUGCUCUGAUGGAGGACAUUGCUAUUAUGGAAAGGCAGUGACCGUUCAGUGCACCAAGGAUGGCCAGUUCAUUGUCGUAGUGGCGAGAGAUGCCACUCUGCCCAACAUUGACCUUGAGUCAAUCUCACUGUUGAGCAAAGCUCAAGGCUGUACACAUGUUGACUCUAAUUCAGAGUUUGCCAUCUAUAACUUUGCUGUUACCUCAUGUGGCACCGUUGUUUCAGAGGAGCCUGGUGUUAUAAUCUAUGAGAACAGAAUGUUCUCCUCAUAUGAAGUGGAAACCGGGCGUCAUGGAGUCAUUACCAGAGACAGUCAGUAUGAAUUGCUCUUCCAGUGUCGGUACAUCGGCACCACUGUUCAAACUGUGGUUGCAGAAGUAUCACCGUUACUAGAUCCUCCGAUAUCAGUUGCUGCUCUAGGACCCAUCAGAGUAGAGCUGAGGUUGGGUAAUGGACAGUGCAUUUCAAAGGGUUGUAAUGAAGAGGAUGUGGCCUAUGCUUCGUACUACACUGAUGCCGACUACCCCGUGAGCAAAGUACUGAGGGACCCUGUGUACGUGGAGGUUCUACUCCUUGAGAAGACAGAUCCCAAACUUGUCCUGACUCUUGGUCGCUGUUGGGCGACCACAAGCCCCAACCCUCACAGUCUGCCCCAGUGGGACAUUCUGAGUGACGGGUGUCCAUCCAGGAAUGAUAACUACAUGUCUUCACUGGUUCCAACCGGUCCCUCCUCUGGUCUGCUCUUCCCCAGUCACUACAGACGUUUCCUUUUCAAAAUGUUUACCUUUGUUGGCCAAACGUCAUCAAAGUCGACCAAAUCUCAACCGUUGAAUGAACAGGUGUACAUUCACUGCAGUACAGCUGUGUGCACUCCUGUAAGGGGAUACUCCUGUGAACCAAUAUGCCAUAGACAAAGGAGAGAUGUCGUGGAUGUGGCCCAGACAAGUUCUGAGCCAAAGGUUGUGGCUUCUGUAGGACCAGUGAGCAUGAGUGCCUCUGUGGAGUAAACAGCAGUGUCGAACUCAAGAAUUUGGCCGAGUUCAUAAAGUAAAAGAUUUGCAUAUUACAUACUGUAUAUUGUAAUGAUUGGAAAAAGAAUACAAAGUGUGCUGCAAGACGAAUGAAAUUGAUCCCCAAAAAUAUUGUAGACACAUUUGUAAUAAAAUAUAUUGGCUUUGA